CCUCGCCCCUUGCUCUGAAUUUCUGCCCGUCGGCCGAUCUGGGGAGAGACGGGGAGGGGGUACGUCCCCUCGCACUUUCCUCCCCCUCCACUUCUUUUUUUCCACCCUUUUUUGCCUUCCCUCCAUUACGCCCCCCCUCUUCCCCAGCCCGCUUCUCCUCCACCGGGACUGUUCGGCGGCCAUGCGGCCGGUCCUGGGCGAGCGACUCUAACUCGCCACCUCGCCCGGAUGGCCCCCCGGAGCCGCGGGCGGAUGGAGCCGAGCUACGUCGUGGGUAUCUGCUGCCUGGUGCUGCUGGAGCCGGGCCGGGUGUGGAGCGGCGAGCCCAGCACCGGGGGGCCCGGGGAGAGCGGGAACAGCAGCCAGGCACCGCCGCCGGAGACCACGGCCCCCGCGCCCACCGGAGCGGCACCACCGGGGGGGGACCGCUGCCGUGGGUACUACGACGUGAUGGGGCAGUGGGACCCACCGUUCAACUGCAACGCCGGCAUCUACCAGUACUGCUGUGGGACCUGCGGGUACCGCUUCUGCUGUCAGUUCAAGCCCAGGCGGCUGGACCAGAGUGGCUGCUCCAACUACGACACCCCCAACUGGGUCAACACGGGCCAGCCACCUGCCCGGGUGGACGAGACCCCCGAGGACCCCACUCGUGACAAGACCAACAUGAUCGUCUACAUCAUCUGUGGCGUGGUGGCCAUCAUGGUGCUGGUGGGCAUCUUCACCAAGCUGGGCCUGGAGAAGGCACAGGGUCCCCAGACAGAGAUGACCGUCUCCAGGACACUGACAGAUCUGCUGAAGCAGCCAGGCCAGAGCCCCUCUGAGAACAUGGACAGCCUCAUGGGGGGUGUGCAGGUCCCACUGGGCGAGGGGCUGGCCCGGGGCCCCCCCAGAAACAGCACAGACAAGCCGCCCUUGAACAAUGCGGUGGCCAUUGCUCCCUCACUGGGGCGGCCCCACAGCCACAGCAAGCGCCUGCCGCUGGCCAGCAGCCUGGCCCUGUCAGCCUCAGACUACACUUCCUACACCACCCUCAAGGUUGGAGAGAGCGCCUCCGAGGACUUCUGCAGGCGAUUCGGGGGGUUGGAGACACCCCCCGCCAGCACACUGCCCUUCCCACCCACCGAGACACCAGUGCUGCCCAAGGGCUGCCCCCUGCCCAAGGCCAAGGGCCCCAAGCUGCCAGGGAGCCUGGUCUUCCCAGGGGGCUGGGAGGGGGCCCCCCAUCGUGGCCCCCACCGGCCAGGCCUGGCCACCCUGCGCCCCGAGGGGCCACCUGAGGCCUUCGGCCCCUCCACGCCACUGUACAGCCAGCACCCCCGGCACCUCGCCACCAACAGCAAGACUGAGGUCACCGUCUGACGACCAGCACUGCCAGGGGCUGGGGCUGCCCCCUCACCUGGGUGUUGCUGCCCUCGGGGGCAGCCCACUAGAGCAAAGCAUCGUAGGACCUACGUAAACUGCGACGCUGGCCAGAAGGGGAGAUGCGCCG